AUGCCUGGCAUGUUAGUUUUAAUAAAAGAAGACAACACGAUACCUUUACAUUGGCCAAUGGGACGAAUACAGGAAGUUAUAAUUGGAAAAGAUGGUUUAGUACGAGUGGCGACAAUAAAAACCAACAAAGGCAUAUUUAAAAGGGCUAUACAUAAUUUAGCUCCAUUGCCUGUUGAAAAUAAUGGAUCACAGGAAAAUGCAACCAAAGAAGAGUUGGCAGAAACAGCUUCAGACGACAAAAUUCAAAAUAAAAGAAAGACUGAAUCAUCAAAUACAUUUAAAAAGCGAAAGAAAUAUUCAUUUAAUGCAACUAUUUUUAUAGUUACACUUCUUUUAUUACCGCUAAUAGUACUAGGAUAUCCUACAUCGUCAGCACCGUUUAAGAUAACACACUUUAAUGAAAACAAGGGCGUAUACAUUGACAAUAUUGGCUCCAGUAAGUUAAUAAAAGGUGAAUGGCAGAUAAUAGCAUUUUACAACCUGACAAAAUAUUGGCGCACGUAUUCGUCAUUAAAGGUAGAUGUUCAGAAAUUAAAUAAAUUAACAAAAAACACAACUGAUCAUCAUUAUGCAUCUACAUUAGUUGAACAAUUUAAUUAUCGACUACAGGAAAUAAAUGAAGGAAAUCAACUACUAUUUUCCAGCUCAUCAUUUAUAAAUCGGAAACAACGAGGACUGAUUAAUGGUGUUGGCAAUUUAGCAAACUUUUUAUUUGGUGUGUUAGAUGACAAUUAUGCUAAACAUGCAGAAAAGGAAAUUUUAAAUGUAAAAGCAAAUGAAAAAUAUCUACUAAACCUGAUGAAAAAUCAGACCUCAGUAAUAGAAGCAACAGAACAUCUGAUUUAUCAAAUAGUAUCAUUAUUUGCGCAAUAUAUAUCAUUAACAAUUGAUGAAUUCAAGAAAAUGCAAGAAAAGCUGUUAGACAUUCUAGUUGAUCUUCAUCAUGAAAAAGUCAGCCCUACAAUAUUGUCUCCUAACCAGCUGCAGAUGCAUCUAGAACAAAUAAAGCAGCACCUAUCAGAAGAUCUAGUGUUGCCUCCUGUUUCUGACUUGUAUGGGUUGAUGACAAUAAAGUGUAAAAUGGGAAUAAAAAAUGCAAUAUUUAUAUUCACAAUCCCCUUAUUAUCAAAAGAAAAUUUCGAUUUAUUUCAACUAAUACCAUUUCCAGCCAAUUUGAACAACAGCUAUAUGAGCGUGCAACCAUUUACAGAAUUUAUAAUGAUUGACAAAUUCGUAGACUCAGCAUAUAAACUAUCAGAGAAUGACUUCGAAAAAUGCAUCAAAUUAAAUGACGACAAAUAUUUAUGCUUACAAGUUCGACCAUACUAUACCAAAAUGGCUAAUAGUCUCCAGUGUGAGUUUCAACUUUUUAAACAACAAAGUUUAAGUAAUAGCUGUCGCUUAAAUAUAAAAAGGCCCAAAAGAACUUGGAAGCAAUUACGUAAAUCAAACAAUUGGCUGUAUGCGAUCCCACAGGAAUACAUGCGCAAUAUCAUAUGCAGUAAUGAAAGAUAUCAAGUUAAACUAUCUGGAAAUGACAUUGGGGAAAUAAGUCAACCAUUUAUAUACAUGCCAGAUGAAAUGAAUGUUACAAUAGCCACCAUAGAUUCUCAUCAGUUUGCAGUUAGUUAUUUAGCUCUUAUUCUCGCUGCAGCUUUAGUCAUCAUGUACAUCAGAAAAGUUAUCACUCAUCAAAAAUUUAAUAUAACGAAUGCAGAACCAUCAGUUCGAUUUAAAGCUGAAGAUUUUGAAGUUGAUGUACGAGACAUCAACGAGGGGGAGAAAUGUUAA